GGGCGGGCACCAGGGGAGGAGCCGGCUGUUGCCUCAGCAACAGCCGGGGCACCCGCGGAGAGCGCAGCUGCGGAGGUAUCCACCACAGAUUUCCCUCCUCCAGGAAGGGCCGGGCGAGGCGCGAGACUAGCCUCGACGGCGCCCUCAAAGAGAAGGAGAACAGGCCUGUGAACUACCAUCCCCGCGGUAGCUUUCGCUCCUAACGGUCAAGUACGCGGAGAACCAUGGCUGAAGUGCACGUGAUCGGACAGAUCAUAGGAGCCACCGGAUUCUCUGAAAACAGCCUCUUCUGCAAGUGGGGCAUCCACACAGGGGCUGCGUGGAAGCUCUUGUCGGGUGUACGAGAGGGCCAAACACAGGUAGACACACCUCAGAUAGGGGAUAUGGCCUACUGGUCCCACCCCAUAGACCUGCACUUUGCCACCAAAGGUCUCCAAGGUUGGCCUCGACUCCAUCUCCAGGUGUGGUCCCAGGACAGCUUUGGCCGCUGCCAGCUUGCUGGCUAUGGUUUUUGCCACGUGCCUAGUAGCCCAGGCACCCACCAGCUGGAUUGCCCUACAUGGAGGCCCCUGGGCAGUUGGCGGGAACAGCUGGCACGGGCCUUCGUGGGUGGUGGGCCACAGCUACUGCACGCAGACACCAUCUACAGUGGGGCUGACCGCUAUCGCUUGCACACAACUGCAGGUGGCACGGUGCAUCUUGGUAUUGGCCUGCUGUUGCGCCAUUUUGAUCGCUAUGGUGUGGAGUGUUGAGGGACUUCAUCGCCACUAGUCACCAUCAUCUACAGCCCUGGGAACUCUUGAGCACAAGAUGGCACAGCCGUCAAGAGCAUGAACUCUGGAGACUGUUGGUCUUGACCUCACCCAAGUCAUGGCCCCUCUGUCCUACCUAGGACUACAAGGCCCUGCUCCAUUGAACUAUCCAGUAGUAAGACUGUGGGUUACUGGGGCUUGAGGAGAACUGGCUGUUGGGCUUGUGGGAGGCACUUAAUAAAAGCUCUCGGUUUUCAUGA